GGUUCGGCUCGGCUCGGUUCGGCUCGACUCGGUUCGGCUCGACUCGGCUCUGCCACCCGGGGAAAGCCGGGGCUCGGUCACGGACUGUUCCUGAAAACGGCCGCCACCCGCUCCUGAUGGCCUUGCCACAUUCGGUCACUACUUGUCUUUCUCCACCUGUGCAUUAUGUGAUUUGCAAACUUGGAUUUGAGAAGAAAGACAGCUAUGAUAUUAAUACUAUUUUAUCUGAAAAUGGUGAAGUAUGUUGGCAAGCUGUUACAGAGCAUGUGUGCUACCUUGAAUCAGAUCAAAGUGUGGAUUAUAUCAAAAGCAUACGAUCAUUAGGACCUGUAUGUGAAUCUGUUAAUUUGCACUUCAAAUCUCUGACCAAGGAGCAAUUUGUAAUUCAGUACGCAUUAUGGUUCCGCUGGACAAACUGCACAGAGUUAUUUCUUGAAGUAUUUGAUGUUCUACAAUAUACACAAAAUACAGAAGUUGCUCUUGGCUUAAUGAAACUAACAUCGUGCUUGGAGCGAGCCUUGGGUGAUGUAUAUUUACUGAUUGGUAAAGAUUGCCCUUUCCUUCUAAGAGACUUGCUUGCUUCUAAGCAGCUUGCAGUUGUCUUUGGACAACCUGUAAUGAAUGUACUGAGGGUAUUCAUUGGAUCUCCAUAUGGUCUGAAUCUUCGUAAUGUUUUGUGGCAUGGGUUUGCAUCCCCACAAGAAAUUCCUGCAAAAUAUUGUGCUAUGCUGCUUUUUUUAACUGCAGGAUUGGGUCAGUUGUUACAGACAUAUCUUCUGCAAACUAAAUGCAUCUUAGUACAUCGACCUUAUGUGAUCUUCCUUAACUUAGAGGAGCUUGAUGUAUUUCCAGAUCUUAAUCAUGAAACACUUUCUGUAGCUGAAGAGCUAGUAAAACUGUCCAGUUUUGUAUUAAAAACAAUGUUGCCAUUUUGGAUGGCUGCUUUAACAGCUUUCAAGCAAAGCAGGUAUGCUGACUCUGUGAUUCUCUUACUUCCUCAGCUGGAAGUUGGACUUAGAUUGCUCUUCACUACAACUAAUAAAUGUCCAAAUCGAUUGCUAACAGCUGAGCCUUCUGCUCUCUACACCACUUUCGAUGAGAUUCUAGCAAAGCAUUUGGAUAAUGAAGAAGUCAAUCAGCUUCCUGCAGUUCUUGAGGAACCUACAAUGGAAUUUCUUUGGGAUUUCUUGAACCACCAGGAGGGUCCACGUUUAAGAGAUCGUUUAAGCCAUGGAGAGAUCAAUCUAGAAGCAUUUCCCAGAGAAGUAGCUAAUCAGAUAGUUGCAUUUGCAAUUACUCUUCUCUGCAGAUUCUCAGAUGUGGACAUGCUUGCUUUUAAGGAACACAUGAUUAUAAAACUGCUGAUGAACUGUGCAAGUUGCUACCGUUCUCGAUUUCAUCCAGUUUCCCGACUCAAGAAACAGGUGCUGGAAUGCAUGAAGAGCAUUCACUUAUGGCCUGAAUUGCCAAUAGUGCCUGAGGAACACGUUCAAAUGAUUAAAGGGUUGGAAGGAAAUGCUGGAGCUAGUACUUUAAUUUUUAUGAUAUCUGAACUUAUAUCUCAGUUGCAGCAAUAUAUGCCCCAGAAUUGCUAUAGAUCAGAUGAUCUAAUCAAUAGUGUCCUAACAGAGAGAUUCUUAAUUGAACUUUGUGAUACACGUAUUUGCACACUUUAUUCACCGCGACCUGUUCUGGAAAUGGUGGUGGUACUCCGUAAAAUAAGCACACAGUGCCAUCAAGUGUCUGAGCAAGUUAUUGCCAGCACCGAGUUGAGAUAUGAACAGUGGAUGAACAAGACUCUACGUUCUCGCCAGAGGCAUAACUAUCUACGAAUGUUGAACAGCAUUAAAUUUUUGUCUCCAGUGUUGCGGCUCAUCUUGAUGUUGAUUACUCUGGAACUAGUCAAUGUUCAUUUGGUUUGUAAGAAGAAUCCUUUUGAUUAUCAGCAGUAUCUAAAGUUUUUGAAGUCAAUCUUGCAGUAUACUGAGAACUUGGUGACAUACACAAGCCCUGAGAAAAACAAGUGGGAUGAAACCAUGGAGCUUACAAACAAGGCUUUGAUAAAAAUAAGGAAAAUCGGUGACAGAAAGCUAAUGUUAAUGCAGCUAGCUACAUAAAUUAAAUGGGUUUAAGAUUAUUUGGACAUUGCUAUAUCUUAAGAGUUCUGGAGUCUUCAAAUUUGCCAAAUCUAAUACAAAGACAAACUUCAUCAGUCAUUGUCAAAUUUUACAUGAAAAAUUUAGUCUUUUUAUUAGAAAAUGGCUUUGAGACUAGAGUCGAAUGAUUAAGCUUCCAAAGAAUGGACUGGUUACCAAACCCAGUGAAAAAGAUUUAUUGUGAGCUAAAUGUUGAGGAUGCAAGUUCUACUUUAAGUGUAUUAUGUGUUUUGUAGCUUAAUUUUUUUUUUUUUUUUUUUUUUUUUUUUUUUUUUUUUUAGUUUUCUAUUAUGCUGAAAAUACCAAAGAAAAGAUUGUGAAUAAAAGCUUUGGAAAAUUUUAAAUCCAAAAAGUCAUUUUUUACUUUAAAAUAUACUGGAAAUAAUGUCAGGCACUGUAAUCAACAGGUUAAGAAGAAUAAAGGUUGUCCACUGUGGUUCUUCUUGUUAUUAGUUCAAAACAGCCAGGUCUUGCACUGAGGUAGAGCUGGUAACAGAGUAACCAGUUGUUUGUAUACCAGGAUUUAAAGGAGGCAGUGUGAAAUAACUUUUGCACAGUACCUGCUUCUUUUGUUUAAUUUCACCUGCUCAUUCCCAGUACGUACCUAGUUAGUUAGUGAGUUAAUUUCAUGCAGAUUAAAUAUGAACACUCAGGUGCACACGCUUACAGACACACAUGUAUUGUGGUUCAAAAAGUUAUUCUCUUGUUACACACAACAUUAAUUUGAAUAAUUUAUUUUUUCAAAACAAGUUCUCCUCCUUUCCCUUCCCCAAAAAGUAGAAUUUCAAAGGAAUGCAUUAGUUGAAGAACAGAUUCACAAAAGACUGCAAAUCUCUAUCCAUUUGCUUUUUCCUAUGGAGAGUAAAACCAGAGGGUAAUGUCUGGAGAAUGUUAGGCUCUACAAAGGAUUAGAGAUUCAAAUUACAUUUUAAAAAGAUUCUUUGCAAUGUUUCUUGACUGGAAAUCACAGUGAGAGCGCAACUAGUUUGGUUUAUUCAGUGUGGAGGAUGGAUAUAAACUAAGAUCAUAUUGCUUCCUUUAUGCUACUCUUGCAACAUAGUGUGUGUGUUUGAAAUUUAACUAUGUUGCUUUUCAAGGUUUUUUUAUUACUAUGGAACUAAAUGAUAUGAUGAAGUGUGAACUAGAUAAAAAAGAUUAAAACUAGAAAUAGAGAAUAAUGUAUCAAAUGCAGUAUAAGAGCCACAUUCUGAAAUUUUAGGUUUUUUUAACACCUGAGUUGGCAAAUGCUAAUCAUAUUUUUGAAGGCUUAUUUGGUGCCCAUUGAGUUUACUCAGAUGUGUUAACUUCUGCUAAAUGUAGCUUGGUAGUGACAUUUGUGAUGACUCUUGAUUUGAUGGUGAUAAAUAUAGUAAGGGGGUGGAUGAUAAGUAUUGUAAGGAAAAAAAAUAUUUAGGCUUUAUAUAUUUAUUGUAGGAAAGAGAACAAGAAAUUAAAACACAGAGUCAUGGUUUAAAAGUACAUAAACAGCUGACAUGCUUUCUUCUUUUGAAAGUAUGUUCAUGUACUGAAAAGUAACCUUAUAGACCAUAAACUUAUGUUUUCAACAUAAGUUUUCUUUCAUGUAUUUAAACUUUGCUAAAAUGAUCUUGCAUACGAUUCUCUUCAUAUGCUGCUACCUAAGAUGGAGCACAUUGACAGUGUCUCCUGUACUAAUUAGUGCCAUAGAUGUCACUUGCUGCUUUAAGUCUGCAAUAAGAAGCACGAUGGACUUCUCGCAAUUUUGUCGAAGAUGCUUUUCCAGUUUGCUUUCCUACCUCUGAAGCUUUCUGGUGGGAACAGUGCUAUGCUCUAUUGUUAAACAAAUCUGGAACAGACUGGGACAAUCCAAUUCAUUCUGACUUAAUGCUGUCAUUUGCCAGUAGAGCUGCACGCGGGGCUUAUGGUUUCUUCCUGCUGUUAAAAGACUUGCAGAAUAGAGCCGCAGAAUAAGUGCAUAUUUUACAAUGCACAUUGAAAAACAAAUGGCAAGAGACAUCGUAAAGAUCAUGGGGCUUGUCCUUUAUCAGUUACUUGAAAUGACUUCUCCAGUUAUUCAUCUUUGCCAUCUGUUUGGAGUCACUUUGAGUUUUAAGAUAUUAGAAAGAAUCUUGACUCUGAACACUCAGUAUUCCUGAGAGCAAAAGAAGCUUGGAAUAACCAAAGACACCCAGUGGGUACAACUAGCAUGAGUAAUGGCUGACAAAACACAUCAUGUUUAAAUGCAAGUGUCCUCAUUUUUGUUGUCCUAAAGGGAAUUAGUUCUGGAGCUGAGCUGUCCAAAACUGCAUAGUCAUCCAUUAGACAUUCAAUUAGUUCAAUCUUUUUUUCAAAGUUAUUUCAGUUUUGAAACUUCAAAUAUCUAGAAUUGUACCAAAGAAUGUUUUCUUUCAAGUGUGGUAUUUCAUCCAAGCAUUACUUGCAUCUGUUUUAAUUGCUGACCUUGCUCACUGGGGUCUGCAUUUUCCUGGAGCUAGUAUUCACUCAGUGAAUCUAUACAGACAGAUAUGUGGAAUCUUCAGCAUCCUCUCAGGAAGGUGGUUGAAAUAUUUUCUUUAUCUGGAUAAUGCUGAUGGGAGGGUGAUGAUUCUUCAGUCAGUUCUUCUGAGUUGAAUUAAUCAAUUUAUGUGUGUGUUUCUGUAUUAGUUAAAAAUAGCUGAGAAUUUCUUUAUAGUACUUCCUCAUCUUACAAGCUGAUGUUAGGCAUCCCAACUCAAAGAACUUAUGGCAGAAGUUUUGAAAACAUGGAAGAAAAUCAGGUAUACAUCUUUUUUGCUAAGUCAUUGGAAUUCCUUUGUGUCUUCAUGAAUAUUCCAUCUAAAUUGUAAGAGGAGCAUCUCUAAUAAUUUUAGCUUUUCAGUAGUGACAUGCAGUUCUUCUGCUUGCCUUCUACCUCAAGGAGAGUUUUCAGGUGAGAGAUGGUAUUAAAUAAUAAGAAAUUGAAUGCUCUUAAUUCAAAUUGGAAUGGAUAUAGUUUUAAAGUAAGUGUAGAGAUCUUUUACUGCUUACUAUAGAACUAGUGAAAAUUAAUGUUGUAGGAAGUCCUCUGAAUCUGUUGUCUCCAUCGUUAUAUGAAUGCUUUCUUCAUACACAUAAACAUUUGAAGAAAAUGCAAUCUCUGAAAUAAUUGUUGUAGCUGUGAGAACAUUUGUGGGUUUUGGUACAUUCUAGAGACCAUCAAGAUGAGCUAGAAGUUUACUGCGGUAGCACUGCACAAACACAAUGAAACAUCAAUUACAGUAGGCAUCUGUGUGUGGAAACAAAGCUUGUCCAUUAUUUUCUCUCUGUCAUUCUCUAGUUAGUGCUCUCCACCAUGAUGAUAGGAGGGGUUAGAAACAGAACCAUGUGUUCUUAUACAAAUGUAACACAAGUGGCUAAAAAUAUUUAAAACCUCUUUGGGGUUGUUAUCACUUGCAUUACACAGCAACGUUUUACACAAGAGAGCAACAAAUUUGACUUACUUUAUCUUUUAAUACUUAUCAUCUAGCUGUUUUCAAAGCCUGAUCGUCUUUGAAAUGAACACAUGGUGGCAAUGUUUGGUAAUUCAAAAUAGCGUUGCAUCCUGACAUUUACUUUCUUAUCUCUCUUCUUAGACUGUGUAUAAAGAAAUUGAGUUUUCUUCUGACUUCCUCAGCUUUGUUAUAUGUCCCUUUAAUUGUGGCUGCUGCUUCUGAUGAAACUUUUCUCUCUUCGAUUUCUCCAAAAGUGAUAUGAAACAAAUGAACACCUCUGAAAAAAUGUUUUGCAAACAGCAUUCUAAUAAUUAGACAGAGAUUAAUCACUUUUACCACAUUACUUGCUGAGGAGUUUUCAAAUUUUCCAGAAAUUCAUCAAAUCCCCCUCUCCUCAGGUAGUUUAAGAGAAGGAGUUUUUUGAACUUAAUAGUUCGUUUUAACAAAUUGUUGCUUAUGACAAAACCUAAGAAUGUAUCGACAUUCCUAAAAAAAUCCAGAUUGUCCUUUGUUAAUUGCUGUGAUAUCAUGAAGGAUCUUAUCUCAAAAGCAAAACAUAUCUUUUGAACAAAAUUAAUGAUUGUCAAGGAAUGUGUUUAUUGAGAAAAUUGCUCUGAGGUCUCAGCCUUAUUGCUGUGGUAAUUAUUUUUCAGUCUGUUAAAACUGAAAUGUGCUAUUCAUAUGCCAUCCUGUGAAGAAGAUAUAGAUGAGCACUGCUUGUUGGGUGGCCUUUGAAAACCUUGUCCACAGUAGCACUUCCAAAUCAUGCAGAGUGGUUGCAGUUAAAAAAGAUUUUAAUUCAUAUGAAGUAAUUUUUGUACACUGUGAAAUCUUGUGUAGAAAUGUUGGAACAUCCCCAGCAGAGCUUGUUUUUGCCUCAUACUACAUUAGUUCAUCUGCUCCAUGUAUGGUAUAUCACCUUUUUUUCAUAAACUGGUCUGCAGAUGCAGAGCAGAUUCCUGGCUAGCAUAAGCUAUUCCUGUCCCAUCUACUUCAGUGCAGAUCUUUUACUAUACUAAGGAUUUGCCCCAUGCUGUUUGAGUUUCCCUUGAAAUGGAUUGGUUCCUAUCUGUACUGCUUUUUCAGGUUUAUGUAUUUUCAGAGGACUGGAAGAGAGCACUAUGUAUUUCGAAUAAAAUUGCUGUGUAGCAAAGCCUAA